AUGAAGCGGAUGGUGGCGGCCUUGCUCUGCCUCCAGCUCCUGGAGGCCGCAGUGGUCAAAGUCCCCCUGAAGAAGUUCAAGUCCAUCCGUGAAACCAUGAAGGAGAAGGGCCUGCUAGAGGAGUUCCUGAGGACCCACAAGUACGACCCUGCUCAGAAGUACAAAUUUGGUGACUUCAGUGUGGACUACGAGCCCAUGGCCUACAUGGAUGCUGCCUACUUUGGUGAGAUCAGCAUCGGGACCCCACCACAGAACUUCCUGGUCCUUUUUGAUACCGGCUCCUCCAACCUGUGGGUGCCCUCUGUGUACUGCCAGAGCCAGGCCUGCACUGGCCACAACCGCUUCAACCCCAGCCAGUCCUCCACCUACUCCACCAACGGGCAGGCCUUCUCCCUGCAGUACGGCAGCGGCAGCCUCACCGGCUUCUUCGGCUACGACACCAUGACUGUCCAGAACAUCCAGGUCCCCAACCAGGAGUUCGGCCUGAGUGAGAACGAGCCGGGCACCAAUUUCGUCUAUGCGCAGUUUGACGGCAUCAUGGGCAUGGCCUACCCUGCCCUGUCCGAGGGGGGCGCCACCACCGCCCUGCAGGGCAUGCUGCAGGAGGGCGCCCUCACCAGCCCCGUCUUCAGCUUCUACCUCAGCAACCAGCAGGGCUCCCAGGGCGGAGCAGUCAUCUUCGGGGGUGUGGACAGCAGCCUGUACCAGGGGCAGAUCUACUGGGCCCCCGUCACCCAGGAGCUCUACUGGCAGAUUGGCAUGGAGGAGUUCCUCAUUGACGGCCAGGCCUCCGGCUGGUGCUCCCAGGGCUGCCAGGCCAUCGUGGACACGGGCACUUCUCUGCUCACCGUGCCCCAGCAGUACAUGAGCGCCCUGCUGCAGGCCACGGGGGCCCAGGAGGACCAGUACGGACAGUUUGUUGUGAGCUGUAACAGCAUCCAGAACCUGCCCACCUUUACCUUCAUCAUCAACGGGGUGCAGUUCCCUCUGCCGCCCUCCUCCUACAUCCUCAACAACAACGGCUACUGCACCGUGGGGGUCGAGCCCACCUACCUGCCCUCCCAGAACGGCCAGCCUCUGUGGAUCCUCGGCGACGUCUUCCUCAGGUCCUACUACUCCGUCUACGACAUAGGCAACAACAGGGUGGGGUUCGCCACUGCCGCCUAGACUCGGUGCCCGGACGCCUGGGCUCCCCUCUUCCUCUCAGCCC